AUGUCAGAAGACCGCUGGGCAGUUCCGUUCAAAGUUUUUGAACUUCCCGAGAAUUGCAAUUCCGACGAAGAAGUAUUCGACGCACUGAAAGUGUGUGAUACAUACAAAGCAAAACAAGCGAAGACAAACCCAAUAUCAAAGAAUGAGGAAUUCGACGAUAUAUCAACUUCUGCGAUUGGGUACUUAGUACUUGAUUAUAUUAUCGCGCAGUUGUACGGAAAGUUUCGAGACAACAGAGUCAAGGCGAUUGAAAUGUCACAAAAAUAUUACAUUGGAUUUUUGAACGAGAUGUCGCGCCUUUUGUUUGUGAAGAAGAGUGUUGUGGACGACUUGGUGAAUAACGUUCAACUGAGUUCGGAGAAUGCAAGGACGCAACGCGUUUCGCGAUACCGAGAGAGCAAAGACGCGAAGAACAAACUCGAGAUUUUGGAGAAAAAAAGAAAGGCAGGGUUUGCCGACGAAGAGGAGGAGAGGGAGUUCUUUACAGUAUACUUCCGCGUUGCGAUAUUGGAGUCAUUGGAUAACUACAACUACCAACAGAAAGAAUUUGAUAUGUUGAAGGAAGUUGAAAAGAUGAAGAAAAAUGGGACGUUCGAAGAGACAAAAAGGAGAGACGACCUCCUUGCGGAGAAGAGUCGAACAGACUUUAAAACGUUCACUAUUCCUAAACAAGGCGCUCCUAUCGAACAACCCGCGUUUGGUCAACAAACAAAACAACAAUCAGUCGUCGACCAAUUUGUGUAUAAGCCAGAGCGUCUUGAAAUACAGAAGAAUGUCUUUAACCCACGUUUCAAGUACGGACGACUUAUGACAGACGAAGACUUCAAAGAGGAAAUGAGGACUGAAUUGGCACCAAAAGACCCAAACCCGGAAAAGACAUCGGCCGAUGAAGAUUCCGAUAGAGAGACGGACGAGUCUCUGAAGGACAAAAGAGACUGGGACGAGUUCAAGGAUCAACAUCCCAAAGGGUCUGGAAAUACAUUGAAUAUGGGAUAA